CCAUGUGUGUAUUUUCCACAGAGUGAUCCAGAGACCUUGUUGAAGUGUCUGACAAUGUGUGCCGAGUUGUUCAAGCAAAUUAACAUCAAGAGAGGAAUCUGCCCUACCAUGAAUGCUCUGAUAGAAUCACUGAUUCUGCCAAGUGUGUCCAACCCUAACCCUGCUGUGCGCAACAUGGCUGUCAUCUGUUUGGGAACGGCUGCUCUCCACAGUAAAGACCUUGCCAACACACACCUUGUGCUGCUCUUGCAGAUAACACAACUAGAUGAGCCUAAAAUCAGGAUCAGUGCCCUCCGAGCUCUCAUUGACCAGCUUCUGCUCAAUGGCCUCAACAUCUUGUCAAACAAGUCUGCUCCUAUCUCACAAGCACCUGACUCACCAGACAGUAAUGGACAGCCUGAACAGCAAACUGAGGAGGAGAGUACAGUCCAAAGCAUUCUGAAGAUGCUCUCAGAAUUCCUUGAUAGUGAGAUCUGUGAGCUCCGCACGGAGACAGCAGAGGGUCUGGCCAAGUUGAUGUACUGUGGGAGAAUUCUAAGCCCAAAGCUGCUGUCCCGUCUGGUUCUGCUGUGGUACAAUCCUGUAACGGAGGAUGACCAAAGACUGCGCCAUUGCCUGGGGGUAUUCUUACAGCUGUAUGCACGGGCCAGCAGAACAAAUCAAGAAUGUGUGGAGGAGAGUUUCCUACCAACUAUGAGAACUCUUUUCAAUGCUCCGGUGACAUCUCCAUUGUCUGAGGUAGACGCAUCCAAUGUGGCUGAACUGUUUGUUGAACUAACACGACCCAGUGCUCUUGUGCAACCUGCUGCUGUACAGGCUGUGUCUGUGCAUGACUCUCUGGCAGUGCGUAUUUGUAAUGAAAUCUUGAGGGACAUUUCUGCUCCUGAGGUGCGUCUGUACUGUAAAACUCUCAGCUGGCUGGAGAUUAACACUGAACCUGGCCCUGCUAACAGUGAAUUGCAACUCCUUUUAAAAGAUAUUUUACAGGAAGUGAAAGAUAAGUACUGUACAAGGGUUAUUGAGAAGCUUUGUAACCAGCUAAAUGGAGAUCGUUGUUCCAAAUCAGGCAGUAAUCAGGACACAACUUUGCUUACCUUGGAUGAAAACACUGCAGAGCUGACCAAAGAGGAGAUCAAACCUAAACGUGCAAAAAGAGGCCAGAAAAAAGCUUCCACUGCAAAGAAUGGGAAGUUAGCUAGUAAAGCAGAAUUGUCCUCUGAUGAAGGUGAUGAAGAAAAUGUUCCUGAAGCGCCUCCAUCAGUGCGACCAAGUCGCCGAGCCAAGAUUGCUGCUUUGGAUAAAACGAAGCAGGAUCUGACUGCCCUUAUGAACCAGGAGGCCAAUGGUUCAUAAGUGAAGGACUUAAGGUCCGCUUUUGGCCCUUUACAUCCUACAGUUUCUUCCGAUUUACCUAAGAAAAUAUAUACUGCAAAAUUUUAAUACAAUGAGACUAGUGUAACCGUUUAUACUAUUUACAGUUUUGAACCUGGAAUGAGGUCUUGAUUGUCAAAAUGAAUGUCAUACUUCUCAAGAGGUUGUCUUUGGGUAGGAGUCAUCUUAACAUUCAUUUACUUGCUCAAGGUGCACACUGUUGGUGUAAGAGUGUUUAAGUGUAAGAGCUAUUGAGCCAAACUGUUAACUUUUUAUAGUUCACUAUUUUAAGGUAACUGAUCCUAUGAUACUAUAAACAGUUGGUGUAUGUUAAUAAUGGCUAAUAUUUGAAAGAAAAAGUUGCUUUCCUUUGUAUGCAUUUUAGUCUGAAUAAAAAUGUUUAAGCCAUGUAACACAAUUACUCAAAA